GUGAAAUAGUUAAUCAUAUUGGUAUCUAUAUUGUGAACAAAUUGUUUUGUUGUGAACAAACUGCGAUUGGGUAACGUACUCGUAAAUUAUUAUUACAUUUUUUAAACUAUCGUUAUUAUUAUUUUUGAGUUAAAUCGUUAUAAUUAAAUGCUUUUAUUAUUACAUUUAAAAUAUUAUUAACUACAUUUAUAUUGGGUCGUAUCCAUGUGCAAACUUAAAAUUGACGGAAAUAGUACAUAUCGUUGUUAUCUUGUUUCCUUUUCUAAAUGGAUAGCCUCGUAUUAACAUUAGAAUCUGUUGAGAUUAUUUCACUUUGUCCGAUUGGUCGGCACAGUGCAACUUUUAAGUAUGAUGCGUUUAUGAACGUAUUUCGAGUGGUUGCGUAAACGAACGUUAGUCGUCUCGUUCGCGCACGUCUUGCCGGUCUGUGAAAAGUGAAGCAAGUGAAAAGUGGAAAGUAAGUCGAGAGUUAAAGUGCAUAUAAAAUGCAUCUAAUCGUCUUUCUGUGUAUUAUAGUUCUUUGAUUAUUAUAAUAUAAGUUCCAAUUAACUUGGACUGUAAAAGUAGCAAAAUAAGGAACAAUAGAAUAUUAUUACGCCAUCGCGGAAUCAUGCAUUGCAUUCAACAAAAUGUCUUCCUUUAUUCACGUUUCGCGAAUUAUUCACAUAUUAAAUAAUAACAACAGGGUCUGAUAGCGAUACAGCCGUAUUCCACGUCGACCGAUAACAGCAACGCUGCUUGCAACGAAGACAUCGACGCAGCAGUACUGCACGACGCCGAUUUCCAGCUAACGAGCAUCUGUCUUUGGCAAAAGGUAGCUUCAUCUGAAAAAAAUGAAGAUACAAAAUAAUAUAAUUCAUGGCCCGCCAACAACGGAAGUACCAAACAUAUCUCUGGGACAACAUUUGUUCAGUUGUCUACACUCUAAUGCUGAUCAGAUUGUGCAAGUAGAUAUUCAAACUGGUAAACACUACACGUGCAAAGAUAUUCUUGAAAAAAGCACGAUAUUAUCCGUUGCUUUGAGAAAUUAUGGAAUCAACGUGGAAGACAGAAUCUCCGUUGCAGCUGAAAACCAUCCACGUUACAUGGUAUCGAUAUGUAGCACGUUAUUUAUUGGAGCUACAUUUGCACCGUUGAAUCCAGCAUAUACAGAAAGAGAAUUUAUGCACAUGCUGGAAAUUUAUCAGCCACGGGUGUUGUUUGUAUCGCGACGCACUGAAAACAUUUUGGCGAAAAUUGCAUCUACUGUAAGCUGGAAUAUGAAAUUAAUCGAAUUGGAUGAUAAGCCUCUUGAUGAAAAUAUAAUAACCUUAGACAAGCUUUUGGAAGAAUAUCAAAGUAUCACGGAUCCCUAUACGUUUUCACCAGUGCAGAUAGAUAAUAACAGGAAAAGAAUGGCAGCUAUUUUAUGUUCUAGCGGUACAACAGGCUUACCAAAAGGAGUAACGUUGUCUCAUCGAAAUUUGUUACUUUUCAUCCAAACUAUAAGUGUCCCAGGGUCAAUGAAUGUUCGACGUGGAGACCGAAUACUAGCUUUCUUGCCAUUAUUUCACGGUUACGCGUUCGGAAUGAUGGCUAUGGCAAUAAGUUGCGGUGCAGCUGUGUAUACAAUGUCAAAUUUCAAGUUAGAAACGUUACUCAGUUCCGUAGAAAAAUAUAGAAUUACGCAUAUACCAUUGGUCCCUCCAGUUUUGGUAGGUCUUGCGAAACAUCCAAUGGUGCCAAAUUGCGAUUUCAGCAGCGUGAGAGAGAUCCUUUGCGGUGCGGCACCGCUUCCGCUGGAUGUAGCAGACGAAGUGAAGCGACGUACAAAACUGAAAGCUAUUCGAAAUGGUUAUGGUAUGACGGAAUUAUCAAUAGUAUCAAACAUGAGCGAUAGGACGAGCAAUGAUAACUCCAUAGGUCCAGUAUUGCCUGGUUUUAAGUGCAAAGUGGUAAAUGUAGAAACGGGCGAGACGCUGGUUGCAAGACAAAUUGGGGAAAUUUGUCUCGCAGGUGAUCAAGUAAUGUUGGGAUAUUUUAAAAACCCUAAAACCACUGCAGAAACGAUCGAUAAGGAGAAUUGGCUACACACUGGCGAUCUAGGAUAUUUUAACGAAGAAGGAUCGCUAUACAUUACAGGACGUAUAAAAGAAGUUAUUAAAUAUAAAGGUUUUCAAGUUUCACCAUCUGAGAUCGAAGCAGUAAUAUUGUCGCAUCCAAGUGUUAAGGAUGUAGCAGUCGUGGGUAAACCGGACAAACUCAGCGGAGAGAUACCAAUGGCUCUGGUAGUCAGGCUACCUGAUAAAACUAUAUCGGCGAAAGAAAUCGUGGAUUUCGCUAAUAAAAAUCUGUCACCACAAAAAUGGCUGAGAGGCGGUGUAAAAUUUGUCGAGCAUAUACCCAAAACACCAUCGGGAAAAAUUAUACGAAGAGAAUUGGUUAAUGUGACAGCUAAAUUGUGAAUCAAUUUUUCUAAUUACUCUAAUUACACAUUCAACUAUCUAUAAAUAUACUUUGUAAAAGUGUUU